AUGGGGCGCACAGUCUUGUUCCAUUCGCGUGGGCAGUUCGGGGACUCUGUGUUCCAGAGCCACCAUCCGCAUCGGCGUUCCAUAAAGAUUCCAUCCCUCAACAACGACUCUGGCGGCUAUCUCAUCGUGGAGCCCAUUCCCGUCGCGAUCCAAAAUGUCUAUCGGUGUUGGAACAAGGAAAUCAUAGAUUUAGAUCCCGAUGACAAGCAAUACAUUUUAGAUGUCAAAGCUGCCAGAGAGAGAGCGAUCUUCGCUGGCCCACGGCCGACGCCGACCCCCGAGCCGUGUCACCCCAGCUCUGUGACGUGGAAACAUGACCGAAAUGAGAGCAACGACUCAGAAUCUAGCGACACGGGUCCGGCGCUGAAGAAACCAGCCCUGACUCGGCCCACGAACCAGACAAGCACUGGAAAGCCCAGCGUUGGGGAUGCGACUGUGGCGGAGGACGGAUGGGCCCACGGGGCGGGGGGUGUGGUUGAUAUAUCGGCCCCAUGGGAUGAAGACGACGGGUGGUCCUCCGAGGACGAAGAGCAGUACAUCCCUGUAGUGGGCACCCGAUAUUUGCCCGUGGACUUGUAUGAGGAUGUCGAUGUAGACGAAGAAAGCGGCGAUAGUUUGUGGCUAGCCACCAUAUUUGCUGGAGCAGGAAGGGGGAUCAUGGGGAUAUGA